GGGGCUAUAGAGAUUGAGACGCGGCCACUGUGACACAAACACACUCUCUCUCUCUUUCUCUCUCUCUCUCACACACACACACUACUGAGUGAAAGUUGGAAAUCCCGCUGGUAUCACUUCACAUGAAAAGCCCGUUUAAAGCCGCUCUGGAGUUUAUUUCUCGUUAUUGUGUCGUCAUCAGACUCCAGGACCGUUGGCGGAUUUGAAGCGGAAGUUCUUCUCAGAUGUGUGGCCUCAGAAAGACUGUACACCCCAGAAUCACAGUAAUACUGUUGCGCUGGAGCGGAUCUGACCGGCUGGAGAGUGUAAUUAUAAUAACGAGGCGUGCUAAACGAGUGUGUUUCUUCAGCUUAGUUUGAGGAAUGCUGCACACAGACAUGCCCAGACACAAUAUGGAGACGCAGAAGAGUCAAUGGGACCCGGUCCGGAGAUCACCGUGGAUCAUGAGAGUGGAGCAGAGCCCCGCCUCCUCGGGGGCGGAGUCAGACACAGAGGGCAGCAGCACAGAGAGCGAACGGCAUCGAGUCAAACAGGGAGGCGGAGUCUCGCUGACAUCACCCUCCAUGCUGCAGCAGCGAAUCACAGAGCUCGACCAGCAGAGGGAGGAGCUAAAGAUUGAGCUGCAGCUGGAGGUGGCUCUGCUGCGCGGGGAGCUGCAGACGGAGCAGGAGCGUCUGCGCAGAUACACAGAGCAGCUGCAGGUUCUGCAGGAGAAGGACAGGCAGCGGAAGAGCCAGCGCUUGACCAUCGGACACAAGGAGCGAGUUCAGCUGGAGGAGCAGCGUCUGAAGGUGGAGGAGGUGAAGAGGAGGUGUGAGGAGAUGGAGAAACAGAUUCCCUCGCAGCCAGAAGACCAGCGAGAGCAGCUUCUGCUUCGACUGCAACAGGAGAAGGAUGCGCUGGAGGUCACAGUGCGAGCGUUUGAAGACAUGGAGUUCCACAUCCUGGAGCUGGAGAGCGGAGUGGAAGAGGAGCGAGAAGGAGAGGACGGAGAAACAGAAACGGUCAUCGAAAGAGAGAUAACCAGAGUACAGCACACACGCAAUGCUUCUCAGGAACGAGUCCAGCAGCUGGAGAAGCAGCUGGAGGACAUGGAGAAAGAGAAGGAUAAAGCGUUGAGUUCCCUCAGACUGGAGAGGAAGGAGCUGCAGCACAAGUCUCAGAGGAUUUUGAAAGAGAAGAAGCCUCUCACUGAUUGGUCCAACAUCACUGGCUCCUCCCCCUGUGUGAUGUCACUCAGUCCUCUGGCCACUCACAGAGCAGCACAGGAAUCAGUGAAGGACGGAUCCAGUUUUCCUCGCAGACGCAGCUCUCACAGGAAGAACACAGACCGACCGCUCUCGGCUCAAGUGUCGGUGCGGAUGACUCCAGACAGACACACCUCUCAGGCUCCGCCUCCUCGUCUCCCUCUGGAGCACAGACUGAGUAAUGGACACCGUACUGGACCCAGAGCAGAGCAGAGCGACCCCAACCGAUCACACACACCCAGCAACAGCACCAACACCUCCCGCGCCCCCAGUCCACAGAGUCUCCUGGAUUUAGUGGAGAUGGAGAGGAAGCUGCGAGAGGCCAAAGCGGAGCGGGAACGUCUGCUGAAGGAGAGAGAGGAGAGACAGCGGCUGCUGGCAGAACAACACCGACACAGAGAGCAGGAAUCUCCCAAAAUACAGACGGACGCAUCCAGACCAGAGCCACACGCUGAGGAGGAGCGACUGCAGACCAGCUCCACACACAGAGACCUGGAGCAGGGCGUCCCGCUGUCUCUGACGGUGAACUUUGACCUGCGGGCUCACGUGGAGUCUCUGGGUCAUAACGUGUCGGGCUGUAUGGGGGUCAAUCUGUCUGCUCGGAGGUGCGGAGGCUUUCUGACCAAACGUGGAGGACGAGUGAAGACCUGGAGGAGGAGAUGGUUCAUCUUCGAUCUGGACCACCAGAGACUGGCCUACUACACAGAACUGGAUGAGAAGAAGCUGAAAGGUGUGAUUUACUUCCAGGCCAUCGAGGAGGUUUAUUACGACCAUCUGCGCACAGCUUCAUCAUCUCCGCGGCCGAGCCUCACCUUCUGUGUCAAGACCUACGAGCGGCUCUUCUUCCUGGCGGCUCACAGCGCUGAAGCCAUGAGGAUCUGGAUGGACGUUAUAGUCACGGCCACAGACGAGCACAGCAGAUACUGAGGAGCAGAGGAUGCUGGGAUACCUGCUGUUACACUACACUAUUAUUUAUUAAUGAUCAUUCUUCUUGUAUUUUGCCAAGUGUUAAUAAAUAUUUACAUUCCAAACAA